CCUUGUACCAGUUCUACCUUAGCUUCGGUACAUAGCAACCAGUUCCUCCUAGCCGGGAAAGGCCUUGAAAUAGCUGUAUUACGCACUUGAGACAACACCGUCGGCGUUUAUUCAACCUUGAAGCACUUUAUAUCUGCUAGGUUGCAACCAUAUUUUGCACUUCCAAUCGAGAACCUCCGAAGCAUCCAUCCAGCGACAAGUCUCACAGCUUACAGCCAUGUCGAACCCGGCUCUUAAUUUCAUUACCUUCAAUCAAGACCACAGCUGCCUAGCUGUUGGUACUUCGAGAGGAUUUCGCAUUUACCACACGGAUCCCUUCUCUAAGAUCUUCAGCAGCGAUGAUGGGAACAUCGCCAUAAUUGAGAUGCUCUUUUCCACUUCGCUCGUUGCUCUCGUCCUCUCUCCUCGUCACCUAAUAAUACAGAACACGAAACGUGCCUCCGUUAUUUGCGAGCUCACAUUUCCAUCUGCCGUCCUAGCAGUACGAUUAAACCGCAAACGACUAGCUGUCGUGCUCGAAGACGAGAUUUAUCUAUAUGACAUAGCCAACAUGUCACUCCUCACCAACAUUGCCACCUCCCCGAAUCCCGGCGCUGUUUGCGCUCUCUCCCCGUCUUCCGAACACUGCUUCCUUGCCUACCCUUUGCCAAAACCUCGUGACGAUACCCAAGAUAAACGACCGUCGCAUGCGCCUCCAGCUUCGCUUUACGCCCCCGUCACGUCAGGGGAUGUCCUCAUCUACGAUACUUUAACCCUUAAGGCUGUUAACGUCAUCGAGGCACACCGGUCUCCUUUAUCGUGUAUCGCGCUCAACAACGAAGGAAAUCUGCUGGCAACGGCAAGUGAGACGGGGACAAUCAUCAGAGUAUUCUCGGUGCCUAGAGGGCAGAAACUCUUCCAGUUCCGCCGUGGAACGUAUCCCAGCACAAUCUACAGCAUGUCUUUCAACAUGGCUAGCUCGCUUCUCUGCGUGUCCUCCACCUCGGACACCGUACACAUAUUCCGCCUCCAGCAGCCGGGCCCCAACAAUACCCCCUCCGAGACGCCCGGCUCCCCGCGACAAGACCGCUGGUCCCGCAGCCGCAGCUACGACAGCGGCAACGACUCGCCCAACAGCGCGACCGGCUCCCCGCGCAGCGACGUGGCGGACCUCGCCGCUCCCCCGCCGUCUAACCCGCCGAUCGUUAACCGCCCUCGGCACAGCGGCUCGUUCAGCAGCAUGAUCCGGCGCUCGUCGCAGCUCAUGGGCCGCAGCGUCGCCGGCGUCGUCGGCAACUACCUGCCGCAGACGGUGACGGAGAUGUGGGAGCCCCUGCGCGACUUCGCCUACAUCAAGAUCCCCAAGAGCUCGUCGGCGUCGCCGCGCCCGGGAGCGGCCGCCGCGGCCGCCAGCGGCCAGCAGCUGCGCAGCGUCGUGGCCAUGAGCAGCAGCAGCCCGCAGGUCAUGGUCGUCACGAGCGACGGCGGCUUCUACGUGUUCAACAUCGACAUGGAGCAUGGUGGAGAGGGCUAUCUAGUUAAGCAGUUUUCGGUCCUCGACAGCGACGAUAAGCUCGACGCCUCGAAUUACGGUCCGUAGAGCGGCAUGUACGAAGAGCGAGAAGAGGAACAAGAAGAAGGAGAAGACGAAGGGGACGAGGGGGGUUGGCUCGAGGGGCCCGGCUGGCUGCUCCUCAACUGCUGGGCCACGCCGUCGGAAGAAUGGGCUUCAUCUGGGAGGCGUUAAAAGGUUCAUCAUCAUCGGGGCAAAGGGGGUGGGAGUGGGAGGGGUUCGUGCUGAUUUACUCUUUUCCCAUAUUCUUCUUCACCAGGGCUUCUUCUCUAACCCAUCGC